CGUUGUGUGCGCGCGGAGCUGUCGGUACGUUUUGGAGCGUUAAUGAAUAUUUGAGUCACAAUAUUUGAGGACAAAAGUGAAACCAGAGAAGAGUGAGUCCGGAUCCCCGCAGAAUGGACAGCGGACUUUCUGAGUCCGGUCCGGAUCAGUUUAUGCUGAGUCCGCUCGUCACUUGGGUGAGGACGUUCGUUCAGAAUGAGGGCGGGACCGAUUUGGACUUUUCAGAACUGCUGGACGGAGUGUUUCUAAGUGACGUCAUGACCCAAAUAAAUCCUUUGCUGAAGUUACAGGAGUUCAACAAGAUGAGCCGGGAUCCAGGUCACAGGGUUCAGAACCUGACUGACCUGGUCCACCAAAUCCAGACUUUUUACCUGAAUGAUCUCAGACAGUUGAUCUUGAUUCCGUUGCCCAACGUGUUGCUGCUUUGCAGAUCUCCUUAUUGUGAGGAAAGUCUGGAGGAGAUGAAGAAGAUUUUGCUCUUACUGUUGGGAUGUGCAGUUCAGUGUGAGAAGAAGGAGCAGUACAUCAAAAGGAUCCAGAUGCUGGAUUUUGACACUAAAGCAGCCGUAGCUGCACAUAUUCAGGAGCUGACCGACAGCCAGGAGAACCUGUUGGACUUGCAGUGGUUGGAAGCGGGAGAGGUGGACGCAGGUCAGCUGGAGGACGUGGUGAGGACCAUGGUUCUGCAUCUCAAAUGCUUGCUGGAACAAAGAGACGCCCACCUGGAGACAAUAGCAGAGCUGAGGCAGGAAAGAGAAGGUACGCCCGGCGGCAGGUUUCCACCUGCCGUCUUCUGUCCCAGCAUGCAUCAGCAGCCUGCGGUGUGCCAGCAGCACCUGGCGGUGGAGCUGGCUGAUUCUAAAGACAAGAUCAGACGACUUAGACAAGAACUGGAGGAGAAGAGUGAACAGAUGCUGGACUGCAGACAGGAGCUGGAGAACCUGGAGUCAGAGCUGAAGAGGAUCCAGCAGGAGAACUCGCAGCUUCUUGUGGACGCCCGCGCCGCCCGUGCUUACCGCGACGAGCUGGACGCCCUGAGAGAAAGAGCCGUGAAAGCGGACAAACUGCAGAGUGAAGUGGGACGUUACAGAGAGCAGCUGCACAGGAUGGACUUCUUCAAGGCCAAAGUGGAGGAGCUAAGAGAGGACAACAGAGUACUUCAGGAGACCAAAGAAGUCCUGGAGGAACAGCUGUCAGGUUGGAGGUCACGCUCAGAUGAAGUCCAUCAGCUGGAGAAGCACAAUCUGCUGCUCAGAGCCCGACUUCAUGACAUGGACCAGGAGAGGGAGGCAGAUCAGAAACACUUGGAGGAGCUGCAGGAGGAGAACCUGCUUCUGCGUUUGGCUCAGAGGAGGAGCAUGGAGGAGUCACAGCAGCUGGGCUGGGAGCUGGAGCAACUCUCCAAGACCUCAGACAGCUCCCAGGGCCAGCAGAGUCUGAGUGAGGAGGUGAGUGAGACGAUCUACAGUCAGAUGCUGAAGCUGGAGAACCAGAGUCUGAGGAGGACCAUCGAGGAACUCAGAGCCAUGAAAAUCCAACAUCACACCUCAUUUAGCCACACACCCUCACAACCUGAUGAGUGGACCAUCACAUCCAAGACAGGCUUAAACCAGAUGCUCAAUAGUUACUCAGAUCAUUACCUGAAAACCCACAGAGAGGAGCAGGAAGAGGUCGAGAGCGAAUUCCACUUCACAGGCUUUUGUAUUCAGGAGAACAGAUGGAGAGAAGAUGGGGAUAGUGGCGAGCAUGUCAAAGAACUGAUGAUGAAAACCAGUCAGAAUGGUCUACAUGGUUUUGUUGGGUCACUCGAACACUUCUGUUGCCAUGACAACACAUGUUCAAACUACACUAGCAAGCACAUACAGCGGCUGGAGGCCACGUGCAGGGUGAUGGAUUCCUUUAAUCAACACCUACAAACCUGCCUCACCAACAUUGAUCGUAAGGUCCAACGACUGGAAACAGAGGUUCAGGAGCUGGAGACAGAGAACCAGAGUCUACAAUUCACCCAGGAGGAGCAUCAGAUUUCUGCAGGAUGCCUGGACCAACUGGAGAUGGUGAAGCAGAACCUGGAGCAAGAGGCAACAGAUCUGAAGCGAGAAAAGACACGACUGGAUAAAGAAAAUAAACUACUACACCAACAGGAGCUGGUGGAUGAGAAGCUGAAGACGCAGCAGCGCAACAGUGACCUGGAGCAAGUGGUCCAAGAUCUGGAGAUGAAAGUCCUGAAUCAGGACAUUCCUCAGCAGGAAGCAGACAUCAGCAGGUUCGAGAUGCCGGCAUCGUCUCUGCAGCGUCCUCUUCAGAUUAAAGACAAGACGGUCACUUUGGAGGCCCAUCUGCAGGAAUCUGUCAGCGUGAACCAGAAGCUGCACCAGGCGCUCAGGACGGUGAAGCUGAGCUAUGAGGCUCUGCUGCAGAGGCAGGAGGAGGCGUGCAUGACACCAAGCUCCACCCCUCACAGAGUGACAGACAAGGCCAUGAGCGAAUUACUGCAUGGGAGCCAAGAAGCCACCAAGGAACUGCUGAAGCUCAAAGACCACCUCAUCAAAGUGGAGAGGAAUAAUGCAAUGCUGGUGACGCAGCGUCAGACUGUGCAGGCCCACCUGGAUCAGCUGGAGAACCGGUGUGACAGUCAGCAGGCUCAGAUCAUAGUUCUGCAGAGGCAGGCCGGUGCGCUGCAGGAGAACAACACGGCGCUGCAGACACGCAAUGCUAACUUGCAGGUGGAAAAAGCCAUGCUGAUCUCUCAGAGUGCCUCUCUCCUGGCCCAGAAUGCUCAGCUUCAGCAGCAACAGUCUGCAACAGAAAACAAGCGGGACUGCGCCAUAGGUGAGCGUGAAGAUCUGCGUGGUGUGCACGAGCAGCUGUUGCGUGAUCACGAGCGGUUGACGGUGCUGCACGAGCGGCAGACUGCAGAUUAUGAGGCCCUGAUUGGCAAAUAUGGCUGCCUGAAAAAUGUGCAUCGCUCACUGGAGCUGGAGCAUCGCUCGCUGCAGGACAGGUACGACAGCCUGCAGCAGCAGAACAAGCUGGAGGACCUGCAGCAGGUCCUGAAGGAGGAGCAGGUGACCAUGGCGCUGGAGAAAGAACAGCACAGGACCACAGCGGCUGAAUGCUGCCGGCUCCGUGAUGAGAAGGACUGGUGAGCUGAACAAAUGUACCAACAGCUUCUGAAGGACAAUGAGGCGCUGACAGCGGACCACAGAGACCUGAAGAGCCAGAUGAAUGGGACCAAGCUGGAACACACCCGGCUGGAGGCCAAUUAUUCCAAACUCAAAAUGGAGUAUCAGCAGCUGGACAUCACGUUGACCACACUCACCAACCAGUGUGAGCUGCUGAACCAGUUGAAAGGAAACCUGGAGGAAGAGAACCACCACCUGAUUGGUCAGAUCCAGACUAUGGUGCUGCAGAACCAAACGUUAUUGGAGCAGACAAUGGAGAACAAGGAUCGGUUUCACGUGGAAGAGCUCCAAUAUAUAGAAAAGCUGAAUGUUUUGAGGAGGCAGAAGGAGAAGCUUGAAGAAAAGAUAAUGGCCCAGUACAAGUUCUACCAGCCUUCAGCUCCUCGCCGACAUGGGAGCUGGAUCACUGUGAAACUGAAGCAGCUGAUCAAACCCUGCAACCGUGAGCAUGAACCGGAGCGCUCACUCUUCACGGAAUCACAUGACUCUGGUCAGGAUAGCAGCUCGGUCCUGAGUUCAGAUGGUUCUGGAUGUUCAGCCGUCUCCCCCCGGCAUCACAGCACCCUGAGCAGCCUGGCGUUUCCCUCAAUGUCAGGUGACCUGUGGGGUGAAAGGUCAACAGACAGGAAGGAAACAUUAACCUCAUCAUCUCUGUCCAUCCUCCACCUUCACCCCUUCACUCCUCCAUGCAGACAUCUCCCCCCUGACCCUGAUCUCCAUCUUUGUCAGCUGACAGACAAGGACUCGAAUUAUGGCGCUGCACCAUCUGGUUCUGAGGACCGUGGCGAGCUGCAGAGACACGAGCUCAGUGGCGCAGAGCUUCGGGCGCAGAGUGCGAGCAGCGGUGCGUUCAGUCUGGAUGGUGAACCCUGCUCAAACGGCAGUAGUCCCGUCCAACAGCCACCGUCUCGACGCUCUUCCUCCUCUUACCUGUCACCCAGUGAUAGCUACCCCCAACACAAGCAGCAGCCGCCACUCGCUGCCACACCCAAAGAGACUGCCACGCCCAUCACGCUCAGUCACAACAAAGAUCUCCAGUCCGCAGCCAGACCCAACCACCCUGAGCCCGCCCACGACUGCUGGCUCACGAGGGGUCCCAAGUACAUCAGGGGGUCAAAGGUCAAAGUGGCACGCUGUGCAUCAGAAACAGGUCUUACUGUCAAAACGACCUCCAGCAAAGGUGACGCCACAAAAUCCUCCGUUUAUCCACCAGUCACGGUCCUGUAUGUUCAGGGGAAGUCCUCCUCUGUGUCUGGCUGCCUGAACUGCUUCUCCCCUCCUGCUGGCAAAGAGGAACCACUGCAGGAACCCAGGUGCCCUAAAAUUCUGCCCCAUGCCAGCAGCAUCAUCUCCACAGCAGAGGGCUCGUCCCAGUGUUCCAGUGUCCACAGCAACCUGAUCCCCGCUGGUACCCUGCAGGAACCAUCAGAACCGCCCGGUACUCAGCACCAGCAAGAAACAGCCAAUCGGAAUCAACCACUGGACCCAGACGUCAGGAACGGUGAACCUGAGGCCACACCUCCAGCAAAACCUCCCAGAGACCCAGCUGUGGUCCUUGCCAAAAAGCCCCCGGUGCAGGAGUCGCUGUGUGCGUCCUCCUUCUCCUUCAGUUCCAUCUUCAAGGACACCAUAUUCAGUGACGCCGCUGUCCCAGCCAACAACACGCCGCCGCACAAACCGCAGACGCGGAUCACCGCAGGAACGCAGCAGAGCCAGAAUGGAGGACGGAACUCUGAAACGGGGACAGCCGGACCGGAAGAGACGGACACACUUCUGGACAGUGAGUGACAGCUGUCCAAAUACAGACUGGACCAUCCACAGAGUGUUGCCAGGUCUGCUGAUGUUUUUGUGACGGCACAGAGUCACAGUUUAAGAUUUUGGACCUUUUUCUAGAUUUUUGAUAAUUAUUUAGGACUAUUUUCUCAAUCAUCAAAGAGCCGUCGCAUCUCUGUCACUUAUUAUUAUUAGAAGAAGAAAGUCGUAGGAUGUCUGUGACCCUGCUGGUUAGUCCCUGACCCGUCGGUUUGUCUGUGACUCUGAUUUGUUACUCUAUAGGUCAAAGGUCUUGGACAGAUUACAAUCAGAUUUUGGAAAACUUUGUUGUUGUGAUUCUACCUCAGAAUUUUUCUGUUUCACUCCUUAAUUUAUUUCUUGCU